UCCUUUUAAAAUUAAUAAAGCAAACACGCCGUGCGUCUCUCAGUUCAGCGUUGCAAGACAAGAAGAGAGAGAUGACAAUCGCCACAGCCGAUUCGCAGUGAUGUCCAGACGAAACCCAUUGGAAUUCUGACGUCAUCCAUCUUGCCCUUUCCUCUCUCUCUCUCUCCUCAAAAUCACCGACCCAUUCCCAUCUUUUAAUUUCUCAAACUAAAUCUCUCUCUCUAACCUGCCUUGUCUAAACGUCUCGGAUCUUUCGCACCUUCUUCGAUUAUAGAGUUCUUCUCGCUGUUACAGAGUUGCGAUCUGCGAGAUCAUUUGAAUUCUUGUGUUUUCUUUAUACAUAUUUGAAUAUGGCGGGGCAGAACCAGACGCAGAUUACGGAUUUGUUCGAUGUGUAUUUUCGGAGAGCAGAUUUGGAUCGGGACGGUCGGAUCAGUGGAGAUGAGGCCGUCUCUUUCUUUCAAGGAUCCAAUUUGCCCAAGCCAGUCCUUGCACAGAUAUGGAUGCAUGCUGAUCAAAAUCGUAUCGGAUUCCUUGGCCGAGCUGAGUUUUAUAAUGCUCUUAAGCUUGUGACUGUGGCACAAAGUAAGAGAGAGCUAACUCCUGAGAUUGUGAAGGCAGCAUUAUAUGGUCAUGCUGCAGCUAAAAUUCCCGCUCCCCAGAUUAAUCUUGCAGCUGUACCUGCUGCUCAGCCAAAUCCUGCGGCAGGUACACCUGUCCCACAGUUAAGUAGUGCGGCUCCAACGGUAUCUCAAAAUAUUGGAAUUAGAGGGCCACAGGUAUCUGCGAAUGCAAACAUGGGCCAGCAUGUCUUCCCAUCUCAACAAAAUCAAUUUAUGAAACCACCUCGACCCAUGCCUCCAGGUACUGCCUUGCAUCCACAGCAUGGUAUUGCAAGUCAAGGGAUUCCUGGGGUAGGUACCAUGGCAGCUUCUCGUCCUUUAAGUUCAAACAUCUCCACUGAUUGGCUCGGUGGAAGGACAGGUGGCACUCCAGUGGGAGUUUCUCAAGUUUCUGAUGGAGGAAUUACUUCUUCCUCUUCCACAUCUCGGGAUGUAUUUGGGCUGGCACCAUCAGGAUUGACACCCUCUGCACAACCUAGACCGCAGGCAACCACUGGGCUGACUCACCCUGCUGCACCAGCACUACAUAAUCCAACCUUGCCAUCCUACCAGGUGGGAGCUAAGGAUCCUAAGGCAUCGGUUGUUUCAGGAAAUGGGUUUGCACCUGACUUGGUAUCUCAUUCAAAGCAAAAUUCUCUGGUACCUACGUCAUCUGCUGGCAGCUCAUCUGUCUCAUCAGCUAUUGUUCCACCAUCUGUUGUGUCCCAAACUACAGUUGAGCCAAGACCACUUGGAUCGUUGCAGAGCAAAUCUACUCUGCCGCCUGUUGGCAGUCAACAUCAGCCAGUUCAAUCAACACUGAAACAAAAUCAACAAGCUUCAGUGCAAAGUUCAUCAACAUUUACUUCAACUGGGUUUCCAGUAGGAGCUGGAAAUUCUGCUCCUGUCCAAUCCCAACCUCCAUGGCCAAGGAUGACUCAGACUGAUGUUCAAAAGUACACCAAAGUAUUUGUGGAAGUAGACACGGACAGAGACGGUAAAAUUACUGGUGGGCAGGCACGCAACCUGUUCUUAAGUUGGAGGCUGCCACGAGAGGUCUUAAAGCAGGUGUGGGACUUGUCUGAUCAAGACAAUGACAGCAUGCUUUCUUUGAGGGAAUUCUGUAUUGCACUGUAUCUGAUGGAACGGUACAGAGAAGGUCGCCCUCUUCCUACCGUGCUUCCAAGUAGUGUUGUGUUAGAUGAGUCACUGUUGCCUGCUGCCAAUCAGCGUGCUCCGGCUUAUGGCAAUGCAAGUUGGGGAUCUACUCCUGGUAUGCAACAGCCGCAAGGCAUGACUGGUGUAAGGCCAGUCAAUCCUGCUGCUCGAUUGAGACAACCAAGUCAAUUUCCCAUUCCUCAGGCUGAUGAAUCUAUGCAGCCCAGUCAGCAAAAGCCCAGAGUUCCUGAGCUGGAGAAGCAUCUUGUGGACCAACUUAGUAAAGAGGAACAAGAUUCAUUGGACUUGAAGUUUAAAGAGGCAACUGAAGCAGAUAAAAAAGUAGAAGAACUGGAAAAGGAGAUUUUAGAUUCCAAAGAGAAGAUCGAGUUCUACCGCACCAAGAUGCAGGAAAUUAUUUUAUACAAAAGCCGAUGUGAUAAUAGAUUAAACGAGAUCACCGAAAGGGCUUCUGCUGACAAACGCGAGGUUGAGUCCCUGGAAAAGAAAUAUGAAGAAAAAUGCAAGCAGGUUGGAGAUGUGGCUUCUAAAUUAACCAUUGAAGAGGCUUCUUUUCGUGGGAUUCAGGAGAGAAAAAUGGAGCUAUAUCGGGCAAUUCUCAAAAUGGAACAAGAUGGUAGUGCCGAUGAUGCCCAGGUUGAUGCUGAUCAAAUCCAGUUGGAUCUUGAGGAACUAGUUAAAACUUUGAAUGAUCGUUGCAAAGAUUAUGGAUUACGAACAAAGCCCACUGCACUUGUUGAGCUUCCCUUUGGCUGGCAACCUGGCAUCCAAGAAGGAACAGCAGAUUGGGAUGAAGAUUGGGAUAAAUUUGAAGAUGAAGGAUUCUCAUUUGUCAAAGAGCUCACUCUUGAUGUCCAAAAUGUCAUAGCCCCUCCCAAACCAAAGUCCUCUUCAGUUUGUAAUAAAGCAUCUUCCACGGAUAAGGAUGCAACUGUUUCAUCCUCAAAUGAUGAUGGCAAGUCAGAGAAGCCACCAAGCUCAGGGGGAAGGAUCGCUGAGGAUGAAUCAGCACAUGCUCAAAGUGAAGAGGGUGUAGCAAGAAGUCCACCUGAAAGUCUAUCUGGAAGGAAUGGACUGGAUAGCCCAUCUGAUAGGCACCAAGAUUCCCCCCAAUUUAAAAAGAACACUCGUCAAGAUGGUUCACCCCAUCAAGAUUCUCUGGAUACUAUAGAGACGAAAAGUGAUCAGGGGGGUGCCGAAUCCGUGCUAUCUGGGGACAAAAUUUUUGAUGAACCCAGCUGGGGAACGUUUGACACUCAUUAUGAUACAGACUCUGUUUGGGACUUUAAUCCUGCUACUUCUAAGGAUGCAGAUCAAGAGAAGCAUAGUGAGAGUUCUUUCUUUGGUUCUGAUGUCUGGGGUCUAAACCCAAUAAGAACAGAGCCCACACAUAGAGAUGGAAUUUUCCAGAAGAAGAGUGCUUUUGCUUUUGACGAUUCUGUUCCAAGCACUCCCAUGUUCAGUUCUGGCAACUCACCGCAAGGAGAUAACAUGUUUCGAAAGAAGAGCCCAUUUGGUUUUGCUGAUUCUGUUCCAAGCACCCCCAUGUUCAGUUCUGGCAACUCCCCUCAAAGGUUCAGUGAAGGGUUAGAAAAGCACUCAUUUGACAACUUCUCAAGAUUUGACUCCUUCAGCACGCAUGAUAGUGGAUUAUUUCCACCUCGUGAGUCCCUCACAAGAUUCGAUUCCACCCGCAGCACCAGAGACUCCGAUUAUGGUCAUGAAUUCUUCCCGCCGCAUGACUCCUUCUCAAGGUUUGAAUCCUUCGGCAGCACCACCAGAGACUCUGAUUAUGGUCAAGGGUUUGCCCCGCCACCUGAUUCCUUCUCAAGGUUUGAUUCCAUCCGCAGCACCAGAGACUCUGAUUAUGGUCAAGGGUUCUUCCCGCCUCCUGACUCAUUCUCUAGGUUUGACUCCUUCCACAGCACCACCAAAGACUCCGAUCACGGUCAAGGGUUCGUCCCGCCAACUGACUCCUUGAGGUUUGACUCCUUCCGCAGCAACACCAAAGACACUGAUUAUGGUCAAGGGUUCUUCCCGCCACCUGACUCCUAUGCAAGGUUUGAUUCCUUCCGCAGCACCACUAAAGAUUCUGAUUAUAGUCACAGGUUCCCAUCUUUUGACGAUGCAGAUCCAUUUGGGUCAAGCGGGCCAUUUAAGACGUCAGUGGAGAGUCAAACUCAGAGGAGAGAUUCUGACAACCGUAGAGCUUUUUAGUCAGGCGAUUUAGUAUUUAAUUCAACAGCAUUAUCUUUGUUCUCGUUCGAAGCCCUUUUUUUUGAGGUUUGUUGGUGUAGUAGGUAUGAUGAUAUGGUUCUUCAUUUGAUAUAGAAGUAUGAUACUGAGUUUAAAGGGCUGUCGUGUGGAUUUAGCCCAUGUGUAAUUUUGCCAACUUGAUACAAUUUUUUUUUUUUUUUUUUCGGAAUUUUUUUUUUCUUGAGUUAUGUUUCUCAAUAUUCAUUUGUUCUCUGACCUAGAUGUAUAAAAUAUACACACAGACUGUAUAUUUUUUUUCUUUUCU